GUAAUGGAUCACGACAAAAAGAUACUACUCAUAAUUCUUAUGUACUUGUAUGUCCGCUACUUUUGGAAGAGGGGUGUAAAACGAGUGCGGGACAACGAUUCGGAAAUGACAGGACAUGAAUUUACGUUAGAGUUACUUCACCGUAAUCCUCUACAAUGUCUUGAAGUGUUACGCAUGUCUCGUGAAUCAUUUGUCCGACUAUGUGCUCAUUUUAGAGUAAACUACGCGUUAAAGGAUAGCAAACAUGUGUCGGUUGAGGAGAAGAUGGCUAUGUUUUUGAUGAUGAUCGGUCAUAACCAACGUUAUGUGAUUAUCAAGCGGAGAUUUCAACACUCAAAGCAAACAAUUCAUAAGUUUUUUCAUGAAGUGUUGGCCAAAAUGUUGCUUUUCGCACAUGACAUUAUAGUACCAACAUCUUUUAAUCCGAAUCCAAACAUUCCGGGACAUAAUAGGAGGCUACGACGGGUGUUCAAGGGAGCAGUUGGUGCACUUGAUGGCACUUUGAUACAUGCUGUUGUCCCUGCAAACAAACAGGAUUUAUAUAGAAGUAGGGGAAAAGGCGAUUGUUACCAAAACGUAUUGGCAAUAUGUGACUUUAACAUGAUGUUUACGUUUGUUGUUGCCGGUUGGGAAGGGAUAGCACACGAUUCUAGAAUUUUAUCAGAAGCAUUAGCAAAUCCACAUGCACCAUUCCCGCUUCCACCUCCAGAUAAAUAUUAUCUAUGUGAUGCCGUCUAUGCAAACAUUCGAGGUUUUAUGGCACCGUACCGUAAUGUUAGGUAUUGGCUUGGAGAUUUCCGUCGAAGACGUGCAUUAACGAAUAAAGAAAAAUUUAACCAUGGACACGCAAAACUUCGGAAUGUCAUUGAACGUGCUUUUGGUGUCUUGAAAGCACGAUUCCCUAUACUGAAGAGGAUGGCACCAUUCUCGUUGGUUACACAACGAAACAUUACUCUAGCAUGUUUUGCGCUUCAUAAUUUUAUAAGAAGAGAGGGACUACGUGAUGAGUUUUUUGCACGAUAUGAUGAACCAAAUGUCUCGGUUCGGAAUAACAAUGCGGUCGUUGAUAAUGAUGAAGAUGAGAUUCCAACACAUGGUACUGCUGCGGACCGUGAAUAUAUGAGCCAGUUACGGGAUGAAAUUGCCGAACAAUUGAUGCAAAAUAUGGAAUGAAAAUUAUUAAAGUUUGGUUGUAUGAAUUUUAUUUAAAAAUGUUAUUGUAAGACUAAUUUCGUUGUUUGAAUUUUAUUUCAAUGUUUUAAGACUACAAUUAUUAAAUUUUUGGUAUUAACAAACUAUUUUCGGUUUAUUAAAUUACUUUAUUUUAAAUUUUUUAAUAUCUGCAGCAGUCUGCAGACGUUAAGAAAACAAACAUGCUUCUCAUUACAGUCUUCAGCACUUUGGUCCACCUCUUCUACUGCAGAGGUCUGCAGAGGUGGUCCGCAGACUUCAGACAGAUUCACUUCGAAAAAACAAACAGCACCUUAGGUGGUGUUUGUUUUUUAGAAAAAAACUCUUCUAACCUCUUAGUGCUGCGUGGCGCAGCACACGCGCAGCACUUUUAGGUUCGCAGCUGUUUGUUUUUCUGCAGACUUCGGGCUUAAAAACCUCUUCCCGUCCUCUUCCCCACACAGCAGUGGGCUUACCUCUUCUAACUACUUCUAACCUCAUUAAAAAAUCACUCUAUGCCCUAAACAAAAAAAAAAAAGCGCCGCUGCCUUUUCUUUCCCGUUCUUCUUCUAGGCUUCUUCUCGGUCCGACGACUCCAGCCUCCGGCCAUCGCCGGUCGCCUCCGCUGCCAGCCAUCGCCGGUCGCCUACGCCGCUUGCUGCUGCCCUCGAUCUUCACAGGUAAAUUUUUUUUUUUUUCUGAUUUCUUUGAGCACCGAUUCAAUGAAAUUGAGUACAAAUUCUGUGAUUUCUUAUACAUUUGAGUACCGAUUGUUUGAAUGAAUCAAACAUAGGAAUGUUAAGUGGGAAUUGAAUCUAAAAUUCCAAUACCAUUGUAUAAAGUAUGCAUAAAAGUAGGAAAAAAGUAUGUUGAUUGUAAUCUUUUGGAAUGAAUCAAACAUAGGAAUGUUAAGUGGGAAUGGAAUCUCAAAUUCCAGCAAUGAGGUCUCAAAUUCCAGCAAUGGAAUCUCAAAUUCCAGCAAUGUUAAGUGGCUUUACAAUAUUGCAAAUAUAUGAUUAUAUUAUAAAUUAUAAAUUUCUUGCAUGCCCUCGGUUUCUAGAUCAGUUAUUUUUUUUGAUUUUUUUUGAUUUCUUAUUUUUUUGACUAACGAUUGUAUGAAAUUGAGUACAUAGGAAUCAAACAUAGGAAUCAAACAUAGGAAUUUUAUUUUAUUUUUUAUUUUUUUUGAUUUCUUAUUGAUUUGACUAACGAUUGUAUGAAAUUGAGUACAAAUUCUGUGAUUUCUUAUGCAUUUGAGUACCGAUUCUUUGCAUUUGAGGACCAAUUUUGUGAUUUCUUGCAUGUCCUCGGUUUCAAAAUCAUAAUCUUUGCUUAAUUGUUUUUUUUUUGUUCAUUCAUGAUGUAUUGUUGUUGAAUAUCUUAAACUUAUUUGUUGAUUAUGUUGGAAUAUGAUUAAUCUUUGUAGCUAAAGUAUGUAUUCUAUAUUUUUUUUUUUGUUAUUAGCAAUGGGAGAUAAACAUACAUGGACCAAUGAGCAAACAAAAUGCUUAUUGCAAACUUGUAUUGAAGAAGUGCAAACCGUGGGUAGAAAAGGUUUGAGUUUGCACAAACAAUCAUGGCACAAGUUAGGAACAACUAUUAAGGAAAAGUAUGGCGUGGAUUUGAAUCAACGACAAUUAAAAAACGUCUAUGAUAACCUUAAAGCCAAAUACACAGGAUGGUUAUACUUAAGAAACAAAACUGGAAACCUUUACAACCCACAAACAAAUACUUUUAACUUAACAAAUGAGGAGUGGGAGGACUUUAAAAAGGGACAUCCGAAAGCUGCUUCUUUGAAAACCGUCCCAUUAUUGUUUCCAGAGCUUUGUGCAGAACUCUUUGAUGGAAGCAGUGCAUCUGGUAAUCUCAGCUAUGCCACAUCCCAAACACCAUCGGGAUCAUCUUCUUUCCAUGGCGCACCAUUACAGCUUUUGGACGCGCCUUCCAUUAACAUAGAUGAAGAUGAUUUUUUUUCCAAUCAUACAAGUGAACAUUUUACUCAGACUCCACCUUCUGCUGCUUCACCUUCUGCUGAUUCACCUUAUGUUGCUUCACCUUCUGGUAACCCCAACAAAAGGGCUAAACCUUCAACUCCUAGACCUCGAGCUCCCAGUGCCUCACCUGAUCCACCUUCUUGUGCCUCGCCUAAAGCUUCUAUUACUGCUGAUGAUUUAGCACUGGAGAUGCAAAAAGCUCUACGCCAUUUGACUCAAGGGCCAACAAUUCCCCAGUGUUUAGAGAAGCUUGAGUUGCUCGAGUUAGACCCAAUAGACCCUAUACGAUUUGCUGCGUAUCACAUUUUUGGAGGGACCAUGAAUAUUAGAGAGAUGUGGGUAAAUUUGCCUAAUGAUCCACAAAUAUUAAGAGGAUGGAUCGAGAUGACAGCUACAAGUUUAGGAGUUUUAAAGGAUGGAAAGAUUGUUCGUUAAGUUUAUAUGUUAUUUGGUUAUUUGCUACUUGGGAUUUAUGAUAUGUUUUGGUACUUGAAUGUUAUUUUGUUAUUUGGUACUUGAAUGUUAUUUGGUUAUUUGCUACUUGGGAUUUAUGAUAUGUUUUUUGGUACUUGAAAUUUAUGUUAUAUUUUUU